UGGGGCCUGGGAGGAGCAGGGCGGGGUCCCGGCCUGGCGCGCGGGUGGCAGCGGUGGCCGGGUUUUGUUUGCAGGAUAUUGUUUUGUCUAACGGGUGCCUCGCAGGAGACGUGAUUCGUCAGCCGCCUUAGUUUUCACUUGAGCGGAAAAUAACGGCGGCUACGUGCGGUCCCUGCCUGCGGGGCUCGAGCGCGCUGUGCGUGUGCAUCCUCUGAGGUGCGCGCGGGUGGGCGGCCCGGGGCACCGGCUUUAGGACUAGCGGGCUAGCAGGGUGAGUGCGCGCCGAGCUGGCCUUGGGUUCCUCCUGCGCUUCUCUGGGCAGUCGCCGCCGCCGCUCUGCAGUUUAGCAGAAAUCCGACAGGGGCCGCGUUUGCUGAGCGCAUCCGGCCGGCUGCAGCCGGAGCGGGGCCGUGGGGCCAGGCCUCUCGGUGUAGACGUUGGGAGGGGGCCGGUGGGUAGUGGUGGGGGCAGUAGACUGGGAGGGGCGCGGGAAAUGAUCUUGGCCGGAGCGAGCACAGCUCCCCUGUCCCUGCUGUCCCCUCGUGUCCACCGCGAGUUGGGCAUCCCCGCGCGCCGGGGCCUUGGCUUUUCCCCCACGGUCCCUAGGUCUCCAGGCAGGGCUUAGGUGAACUUGGGGUGGGGUGUGCUUGCUCAUAUGUGUGCGUGCGUGUGUACGUGUGUGUAGAAAGGGAGCUUAGCGUGGAGACCCUGGUUUUCUUUCUCAGUUUUUAACAACUGGAUUUUGACUUUGAGACCAGCUUCGCUCACUGCUUGGGCUGGGAGGGGGGCGAUCUUUCCCCAUCACUCACAUCUUUGUUCAUUGUUCACUGAGUGCAAAGCAGGCGACUUAAAGAGAGGAAAAAGGAGGGAGAGAAAGAGAGAGGCAGAAGAGGGGGAAGAAGAGAGAAAGAAGAGGGGCGUGGGGGGCACAUCAGUGUCCCCUCCUGGGUCGUGUUGGAGGGUGAAAUAGUAAACCCACGCACGGAGGGUCGCCAGGAAAGUGGACAUUACCGCUUUAAUUAACUUCGAGAUGCUCCGGCGGCGGGACCUGGCGUAGCCGUGACGCGCCCCCAUAAAUCUGCCGGGCCGGGGCUGCUCCAAGAACUCAUACAGUAGCAGCGUCAGAUUCAACGCGCGCCUCCCCCGGCCGGAGUCCAUUUGCAUAAUUGGAUUUUUUUUUUUGCCUCCUUCCUCCCUGAAACUUAUUUGAAAACCCAAGUGAAAACCGCGACGACCUGCACACUCAAAAGCAAGUGCCAAUUCCUGAAUGCCACGGCUUUAAGAACAUCCUACACCCAAGACGGAACUCUGUGGCUUUAAGACUUGCCUGGGAGCUGGGGCCCACCCCUCUGGCCAUCUUUCAGCAACCAGAGCAUCUUUUCCGAGGAACAUUCUUACUAGACUGACAGUCCUUAAGUCAAGCAUGCAGUGAGGGUGUUAAGGGAUGGAAGAAGCGAGUCUGUGCCUUGGAGUGUCCUCGACGGCACCGGAAGCUGAGCCUCAUCUGAGCGGCCCAGUCCUCAAUGGCCAGUAUGCCAUGAGCCAGAAGUUGCACCAGAUCACUUCCCAGCUCAGCCAUGCCUUUCCUGAGUUGCACCCGCGGCCCAACCCAGAGGAGAAGACACCUGCGGCCCUUGAGGAGAAGGCCCACGUGCCCAUGAGCGGACAGUCCAUGGGCAGCCAAAUGGCACUGCUGGCCAACCAGCUGGGCCGUGAUGUAGACAACAGCCUCAAUGGGCGUGUGGAUCUGCAGCAGUUCCUCAAUGGGCAGAACCUAGGAAUCAUGUCUCAGAUGAGUGACAUUGAGGAUGAUGCCCGAAAGAACCGGAAGUAUCCGUGUCCCCUGUGUGGCAAGCGUUUCCGGUUCAAUAGCAUCCUCUCCCUGCACAUGCGCACUCACACCGGUGAGAAGCCAUUCAAGUGCCCCUACUGCGACCACCGCGCGGCCCAAAAAGGAAACCUCAAGAUCCACCUGCGGACCCACAAGCUGGGCAACUUGGGGAAGGGGCGCGGGCGGGUACGUGAGGAGAACCGUCUGCUGCACGAGCUGGAGGAGAGGGCCAUCCUGCGGGACAAGCAAAUGAAGGGCAGCCUGCUGCAGCCAAGGUCUGAUCUCAAGCCCUUGGCACAUGCCCAGCAGGCCCCGUUGGCCACCUGCAACUUGGCCUUGCCUCCCAACCAUAGCGUGCCCGAUGUAGCCCACCCGGCACCUUCCCCCAAGCCGGCCAAUUUGCAGGAGGAUUCGGUGACCCCGGCUGCGGGCUUCCGAUGCACCUUUUGCAAAGGCAAAUUCAAGAAGCGAGAAGAGCUGGAUCGCCACAUCCGCAUUUUGCAUAAGCCCUACAAGUGCACACUGUGUGACUUUGCCGCCUCCCAGGAGGAGGAGCUCAUCAGUCACGUGGAGAAGGCCCAUAUCACUGCGGAGUCUGCCCAGGGCCAGGGCCCCAAUGGUGGGGGAGAGCAGUCAGCAAACGAGUUCCGCUGUGAGGUAUGUGGCCAGGUGUUCAGCCAGGCCUGGUUCCUGAAGGGCCACAUGCGCAAGCACAAAGACUCUUUUGAGCACUGCUGCCAGAUAUGUGGGCGGCGCUUCAAAGAGCCUUGGUUCCUGAAGAAUCACAUGAAGGUCCACCUCAACAAGCUAUCGGUGAAGAACAAAUCCCCCACUGAGCCUGAGGUGGCGGUGCCCAUGGGUGGCCUGUCCCAGGAGGCCCAUGCCAACCUAUACUCUAGGUACCUCUCCUGCCUGCAGAGUGGCUUUAUGGCCCCAGACAAAGCCAGUCUGAAUGAGCCCUCUCAGCUCUAUGGCAAGGGGGAGCUCCCGGCCAAGGAGAAGGAGGUUCUGGGAAAGCUACUGUCUCCCAUUUCCAGUAUGGCUCACAGUGUCCCCGAGGGGGACAAGCACUCCCUCCUGGGCUGCCUCAACCUCGUGCCACCACUGAAAUCCAGCUGCAUCGAGCGGUUGCAGGCAGCUGCCAAAGCUGCAGAAAUGGACCCUGUGAAUAGCUAUCAGGCCUGGCAGCUCAUGGCCAGGGGCAUGGCCAUGGAACACGGCUUCUUAUCUAAAGAGCAUCAGCUCUCGCGCAACCACGAAGACCCUUUGGCAAACACCGGAGUUCUGUUUGAUAAGGAGAAGCGGGAGUACGUGUUAGUGGGAGCAGAUGGCUCCAAGCAGAAAAUGCCUGCUGAUUUGGUUCACAGCACUAAAGUGGGCAAUCAGAGAGACCUGCCAAAUAAGCUCGACCCUCUAGAAGGCAGUCGGGAAUUUUUGUCACAUGGGCUCAACCAGACGCUAGACUACAACCUGCAGGGUCCUGGGAACAUGAAAGAGAAACCCACUGAGUGCCCGGAUUGUGGACGGGUUUUCCGAACCUACCACCAGGUGGUCGUGCAUUCUCGAGUCCACAAGCGGGACCGCAAGAGCGAUGAGGACGCUCUGCACGUGGGUGUGGGCCUGGAGGAGAGGCGAGGCUCAGGCAGCGACCAGGAGUCCCAGUCAGUGAGCCGCUCCACCACACCUGGCUCCUCUAACGUGACUGAGGAGAGUGGGGCCGGAGGUGGCCUGUCGCAGACCGGAAGCGCCCAAGAGGAUAGUCCACACCCCUCUUCACCAUCUUCCUCAGACAUCGGCGAGGAGGCCGGGAGAGCCGGUGGCGUCCAGCAGCAGGCGCUGCUUCGAGACAGGAACCUGGGCUCGGCCAUGAAGGACUGCCCGUACUGUGGGAAGACUUUCCGGACUUCCCAUCACCUUAAGGUCCACCUGAGGAUACACACAGGUGAGAAGCCCUAUAAGUGUCCUCACUGUGACUAUGCUGGCACCCAGUCAGCGUCCCUGAAGUAUCACCUGGAGAGACACCAUCGGGAGCGGCAGAAUGGAGCCGGGCCCCUGUCAGGACAGCCCCCGAACCAGGAGCACAAGGAUGAGACCUCUAGCAAAGCGCCUAUGUUCAUCAGGCCGGACAUCCUUCGAGGGGCUUUUAAGGGUCUCCCCGGAAUCGACUUCCGAGGUGGUCCCGCCUCUCAGCAGUGGACAGCCGGCAUGCUCUCCUCCGGAGAUCAUUCAGGGCAGGCCACUGGCAUGCCCUCAGAGCUGUCUUCAGAUGCCCUAAAAGGCUCCGACCUUCCUUCCAAAAGCUCCCACUACUCGGAGAUCGGAAGAGCUUAUCAAAACAUCGUGAGCAACGGUGUGAAUUUCCAAGGGUCCCUGCAGGCCUUCAUGGACAGCUUUGUCCUCAGCUCUUUGAAGAAAAAGGACACAAAGGACAAGGUCCCGUCUGAUGCCCAUCCCAUGAAAGCCCAUACUGCAGAGGGUGGAGAGGAGAAAGCAAGCAUGAAGCCCUCCCAGCGAAAGUCUGAGAAGUCUCAGUACGAACCUCUGGACUUGUCCGUGCGGCCAGACGCCCCCACUCUCCCUGGCUCCUCCGUGACCGUGCAAGACAGCAUCGCGUGGCACGGCUGCUUGUUCUGCGCUUUCACCACCUCGUCCAUGGAGCUGAUGGCCCUUCACCUCCAGGCCAACCACCUAGGCAGAGCAAAACGCAAAGAUCACCCCACAGGGGUGACAGUCAACUGCAAAGAGCAGGGGCGGGAGGCCAGCAAGGUCUCUGUACUGCCUUCCCUACAGUCAAACAAAGAGAUGGCCCUUCCUAGCGCUGUUGGUGUGCUCGACUCUGCUCCUGAGAAGUUGGCCCAAGGGCCAGCCAAAGAGACUCUAGGGGACCCGAAGAGUGGUCAGUGGCCCAACCACAUGGACCCUGCCUUUUGUACCUUUCCAUCUGACUUCUACAAACAGUUUGGCGUUUACCCCGCUAUGGUUGGCUCAGGGGCCCCGGGCUCCUGCCUCAACAAGAACACCGAGGGGAAAACCCACCCAGAUGACGACGCCCCUAUCCUGAUCCCGGAAACCACGAACAAAAACACUACUGAUGACCUCUCAGAUAUUGCCUCCUCCGAGGACAUGGACUCCUCCAAGGGAGAAAACAAUGAGGACGAGGAGCUAGACACCGAACCAGAAAUGACGAGCAAGCCUCUGUCUGCUCUCAGCAAGGAUGGCAGCAGUGAGGGCGGCGACAGCCUGCUGUCCCCAGGCGCCCCGCAGCCCAUCCAGGGACUGGUCUCACCUUUAGCCCAAGCAGCCGAGGAACAGUGGCACAGCCCAGGCCUCCUUCCUGCCCAGGACCCCUCGGCGGGGCUGCCCAAACCAGAGCGGGGUCCCCCGGGCUUGGAGAAACCUAUGAGCAUGCUGUCGGUCCUCAGGGCCUACAGCGCCGAUGGCUUAGCAGCCUUUAACGGGCUUGCUAGCAGCACAGCAAAUUCUGGAUGUAUCAAGAGGCCAGACUUGUGUGAUGCAGCCUGGCCUGUUCCAGAAGACCAUCCAGAAAAGAGAUCCUACUGCAGUCAGUGGACAAAAGGAUGCUUGCUGGCCAAGCCCACUGCCCUGUCUGAGCUCCACAUUCAAGGUGGGCAUGCGUAGAUUUGGAAGGCUCCCCAGAAUUGGGGCUCCAGUCUGCAAGGCGCCUGGAGAACACGCUGAGCUGGGCGCUCCUGGCCGGUUCUCUGGAUUGGUUAUCCUGUAGUCCUCAGAAACAACCAGAAGCCGGCUCCCCUCCCUGGCCAUCUGCUUGAAGCAUCUGGUAAUCAGGUGCAAGCCCCACACCGGAGCAUUGAAGCUGAAAUGUGCAGUCACCUUGCCACCCACACUGGCUUUUGUUCCUGCGCCAGGCUGCCCCUCUUUGUGUCAGGGAGAAUGGUUUGGGGUUGGAAAUUGAACUAUUGACACCAAGACUUCAACACUUCAACGUAGCUCAUUGAGAUCCCGGAGCUGGCGUGUUCUCUAGAUCCUCCCACUCGGGUCUUUGGACUUGUGUAGAGGAAAAAGCCUAGGCUUUCAGGAGUGUGAGAGAAGAACGUUCUCUUUAGCUUGCUGAGUAAAGUAGAUACUGAUAUCUGAAUCCUGAUAUGCCGGGAAAAAGCAAACCAACCAACCAACCACCACCACCAAAACCCUAUGUCUGCGUUAUGUCUCCACUUUAAUAUCAAAAGUGGGCAUGCUUCCAAUGUCCAUGUGGUCCACAGUGACCAAGGGUAAAUUUGAGGGACCACCAAAACAUGCGGCAGGUGGGGCUGGGGGGCUGGGGAAUCUGUUAGCAAGACUGCUUGCAUCUCUCAUUCCGAAACAAGUGUUUGGAAGGCAAUGUGGGUGUUGGUAAUAUUACAAAUAUCCUUUGCUUUAGCUUGCAUGCACAUAGGAAGGCACCCAUGAGUUAAUACAGGGUGGUUCUGUAUUCUACUACCUGAAGCACUGGAGUCUCAGCCCACACAUGAAGACUGAUUACAUGAAGAGGGGCUUUUGCUAGCCAUUAAUUCUUAUAGACAUGACCACGUGUGCUACUUCUAAAUAGCUGGUGUCGAGGGAGCCUGUCAUCCAGGAAACUUGAGCCCAUGGCCACCGCACGUACAGGUCUCUCUCUCACGAAGACCAGUAGAUGGCCAUGCGGGGCUAUUAAGCUGUGGCUAACUGCUUGUUGGAAUUGGUUUCAUAUGUGUUUGCCCUCCUUAAUUGUCAGUGUGAUCUUAAAGAAGCAUGUGAGGUCCUACUGUGUGUAGGGAAUGCUCCUCCUCUCUGUCUUUCUGGAUGUAUUGUGGGAAGGACACAUGAUGAAAUACAUAGAGACUGUUCUAUAAAAAGCGGAAGUCCUGCCCAUGCCCAGUAGAUGUGUAUUCAUCUCUUACAGAAAGUCUAGCCCAUCAUGACAGUAGGUUGGAUGUGGCAGAAGUUACUGCCUGUUGAGAUUAGUGAUGGGUUUUGGAAAAUGCAAAUAAAUAAGUCAGAGAGACUCAAAUGGACUUGAUCAGCUCCUCUUAAGAUAAUUUUCAAGUGGGAUUUUUGUGGUUUUAUUUGUCUGUUGUUUGCUUGUUUAUCUUGUGUUUUUUAGGCAGGUUAUGCCUAUGUUGGCUUCUAACUUGUGAUUCCUCGACCUCCACCUCCAUAGCCUGUGCUAGGAUUAUAGGCCUGCAUCACCACCAUAUCUCCUUGCUCAAGGAGUCUUCUUCAAAUGAUAGAAUCCGUGGGUGUGGGGAGUUCAGAGGAGGGUUCUGGGUGUGAAGAAGGCUUAAAGACUUCAGUUCCUAGGUGGUCCUCCACCUAAUCUCCUGCUGGUAGUCUGUCUGCCACUCAUUUAUCCCCAAACCCUUUGCAGCAAGACAGCCAAAGAGGACAACAGUGGCUAUAAAUGUUGGGAUCUCGCAGCUCCCACAAUGGAUUUCUGCUUCUUUAGUGAGGAAGAAAUACUACCACCCCAUCUUCUGUCUCUAAUACUAGAAUGAAGGAUGCUGAGGUCACUCAGAAGUAUAGAAGCUUGUAUUCGUUUAGACAUGAUCUAGCUUUUAAAUGUUUCCAUGUGACUUCUCCAGUAUAUCACCAUUAGAUUUUAAACACGCCCCACAAGGAUCUUUGAUUUUGCAGAUGUAAUCUCUUCUCUCCUUUUAACCACACAGACAUCUAACACAUGGUGCUGUUCCCUUCAAUGAAGAAUUGCCUGUCCAGAGUCUAUGCCCUAAAUUGACACUCCCCAUCCCUACUCACACCAGGCUCCCUCUCUCAGCAGCUUGGGUACAGGACGGUGGUAUUUCUUGUACCGAAGUGCUAGCUUGGCAAGGCCUUCUCUACUGGCACUCAAACCCCAAUGUCUUCCUCUCUCUACUCUUGGUUAAGCAUAAAGACAAGGUCCCUUUGGCUUAAGGCAAGACGCUGGCUUUCUCUGAUGGUUGUGCCGUAAGUUAGCAGAAGUUUGACAGUCAUUUAAUUUUCAUUGACAAAUGCUGUCAUAAUAUUGAGGAAAAAGUGAGAUGUUAUAUCAACAGUAGUGGUCGACGCUCAGCCAGUCAUAUGGACCGGGCGAACGCCAUAUGCUUCCUCCAAACUCUCUUUGGAAAGCUCUGGCUAAGAGCUUGACAAGCUUAAGAUACCAGUCAGGGAAAAUGGUUACUCUUGAGAGGGAAGCAUUCAAACCAUGUUUCUGGUUACCCUAAUCCCUUAGGAAAAAAAUAACAAGAAGACCAUUUCUCAGGUCUCAGUAAUAGACCAUCAUCUCCCUGUUCAGAGCCACCCUUUAAGGUCUCAAUCGAAGUCAUCUGCAACAGAGAGUGUGUCACACACCAAAGCCAGCGGCAGCCAUGCAGAUGCCUGCUGACAGGCCAUCCUAUCACCAAAGGUGUGGAGAUGGUAAAACACCGCCAGCUUCCUGAUACUCUGUUUGUUCCUGCCUUGGUGGCUCUGGACAGCCAACGUCAGCAGAUGUUGAAUUCACACAUAUACUAGGAGCCAGAGCAUUGGUUCAUGCUCAUGUCAUGCACUCAGAUGACCCACCCAGAGAGGGAUAAGAUUUCUAGCUCAUAGAUGGAACUUGUGGUGCCAUUUAUCCAACACCCAGGCUGUGCCAAUCCAAACCAUGAGCAGACUAGAUCCAUCUGUGUACCUGGCCACACAGGUGUCUGGCUAACCCCUUAGCCAGAAAUCUUGGCUGGAUGCUUCUACCUAGUAAUGGGCAAGGCAGUCUUAAUUUGCUAUUUUUUUCUAGCGUUAGGCUUAUUUUAAUUCUGUUACUAUACAUAGAAAAGGGAAUUGAUGAGUAAAGUUACAGUCUGGGAGAAAAAUCUGUGUGUCUGUGUGUGUGCUUGUAUGUGUCUGAGGGCGUGUUUAGGGACCCACCAUCCCUGUGCAUAUUCAGCUGGUGUCCUGGCUCGGCUUGCCAAAUAUUCGGGGACCUUCCAUUCUCUGAAGGAUUCCCACCCCAAACAAUGCUAAGUAAAGAAACAGGCAUAUGGCGUGUAUUGGAGACGGCUCGGCACUGGCAGGGGGAGCCUCCAUAGCGGCGAACAGGUAUCUGGAAGAGACGACAGUCCCAUCCCGUUCCUUUUGGAACUCACCAAGUAUUUAGGUUUUUGUCAUUGCUAUUGUUGUAGCUUUGCACUUAUUAUUGUCUUAACAAAGAGAGGGAGGGCGUGCAGUUCUCAGAACUGGGCAUGGGCACAACAACGCUCCAAGAUGGCUCCCUGCCUGCACCAGGAGCUGUCCUUCUUGCAAGGGACUCUUGCUCUCUGGUUCCCCCCAAGGGGGUGGCUUCUCAGUGACACAGGGCCCUCCGGCCAGGAGGAAAGAGCACCUGAUGGGCACAGAGGCAUUAUAUUAGUGCAGAUGGUUCUCUAAGGGCAAGGAGAGCUCCAGUGUAGCUGGGGGGUGUCCUUGGUCUCCAAAGCAAGUGCUGACUUUAAAAAUGCAGGGCAGAUUGGAGGAGCAGCUGCCCUCCUUGCGGAUGGCAUCCGUUGGUGGCUGUGGAGAGACGACUUCCGGACUGCCUCCCAUUACCGUUUCAUUACACGACAGCAGAUCUUUGCACGGAUCCAUACGCUGCCUCUUGGAUAGGGUUUCUAAACACAGCAGGACACUGUGGGAAGACAGAGCAUACCUCCUCCUCUGCCUGCUGGAAACCCAGCUUCCUGCCAUGUGGCGCUUUGAAACCGGUGGCUGCAAUCUCUUCUCUGGCUACCCCAGGUGAUGAGUGCAGCCCUUCUGUGGGCCACUACAGUACUGUCUGUCCAGGAUGCCCCAGGCUGCAGCACUUUCUAGAAGGGUCUCUGGAGAAAAAAAAGAUCUCACUUAAGCUCCGUGGUCUGCCUUGUGUACAUCUGGCCAUUGGAUUCUUGUCGGGGUCAGCAGGUUAAUCAGCAGCAGUGAUGGCCAACUACAAGGGCUUCUUAUGUGCACCCAGCCACCAGCAUCUUAGUGAUAAAGGGAACAGAAGAAUUUGGGUUGGAUAAAGAAGAUGGCAGGGUUGUUACUCCCGACACACCAGUGCACUGGGGAAUACAUACUUGUCCCUCUCCAGACUAGCAUCACAGGGCCUCUUUCUCCUUGUGACAAAGUGAAGGGACCCAAGUGCAUGGCUUGACAAAGGACGAGGUCUCUUCUUAUUCUUCGAGCAAAGAGCUUUGCUCCUCUGCUAGAGCCUUAAUAACUAUUAAGAACUGCAUUGCGUGCUUUGUCGUCAUUUUUCCUUGAAGGCAAAGGUCUACAGGUGUGGAACAUGAGCCUCUGUCUGCCACUGGAAAUGUCUCUACCCCUGUAGAGCGAGGCCUAGAAGAUCAGCCCCACCCAAUACUUCUCAGUGACUUACAUGCCUUUGAUUCACAAGACCAUUCUGUCUGGCUCAUAGACGCGCCGGUCCAUGUAAACGGUCAAAACGCCAAACCUGCAUGAACUAGAAAUGAGUCUUCCAGAGCCAGUUGGCUUGCUUCGGGCAGGAGCCAGGUUGGACUGCUUCCAGCAGGAGCAGACAUAGUCAGUACUUUCUCUCUCCCUUCUCCAUCAUCUUUGCUUUCUUCCUGGGACCCCUGGGCCUAGACAUACAGCCUACCAUGGUUCUGUUCCCCUCGGCUGGGUGCAGAGGACUGCCCCUCUCUUUCCAGAACUCUUAUCAUCCAUGGUUUGAGAUGUUCUCUGUAAUUUCAUUACAAGGCUUUAAGAGUGGGAUCCCUCCCACAGUGGCCUGCUUCCAUGCUUUGAAAACUACCUGUCAUUUGUAUCAAAACAAAAAAACCAAAAACCCACUUCUGGUCAUUCCCAUGGAAUGUCUCCACCUGUCCUCAGAGCCAUCACCAAUGAGUCUUCUCAUCUUCCCCAGGCUGAGUCUUCGAAGGACAAGGAACAGGCUCCCUUUGAGUCUCUACUCGCUAGACUUAAAGUGGCAGAAGCUCCCCUAGGCCUAUCCCAUGGAAGGAGGGCUGACGUCACAACACACCUAAAUAACCUAUUCUUUUCCCUUACAGAAAUCUUGUAUACUUUCCAACAUAGUCUUUCUCUGACCUCAAAUAGGGCUCUGGCAUAGUAUCAGAAGCAUGUCUUUGCCAUCCUACACUUCAGUCUGGGUGAGGCUGCCAUACACCCAUUUCAGAGUCAGCUCUUUGGCAAGGGAAGCUUAUUCUAGCAUCCUGUUACACAUGAUUAUCCCAAGGCCCUUCUUAGACAGCAAGCCCAAAUCUCUUUGAGUAGAGUCUCAACCUCUGUUCUGCCUUUGGAUGCUUGGUAAGAGUGGGGUUUAUUAGUUUUCUGCUUGGGAUAACUCUUCUGUCACAUAAAAUUGAUUGGGCUGGUUGCCUCUCACCUUGCUCUUGUGAGAGAGCCUGUGAGAGUUUUAAGGAGGGCUAACAAAGGCAUCAGAAUGUUCAGUAAGGGUUUUCAUAAGGGCAAUGCCAUGCCCACAAGAUAAAUGGCCAAUCGAUUGUGUUUCCACCCAGUGCCUGAAUACCUGGGGCAUUCAAAACAAACAUAGGUGUCUUGGUAGCUUCAUCAUGGACUACCCAGGAGUAGCCUGUGGAUGCCCUGGGAGUUCUUACCUGACUGUUCCAGGUGUACUAGACAACUUUGUCGUGGCUAUGAGGCCCUUGUCCUGACACACCACCUCUCACUCUGGGUGACAAUGAUGUCAAGAUCAGCAGGCAACCUCAAAGCUCUGACCAGUAGGGUGGGUGCAAUCGCUGCUCAGACCUCUGCUGCCUCACCAGGUCUCUACCACUGUAGCUGUGACCAUGUCCUUCUGGGUCUGAACAGCAUUGUGGUUUGAAUGUGGAAUGUCCCGUUAGGCUCUUGCAUCUUGACAGCUGGUCUCCAGCUGGGGGUACUCUUGUGUGGGGACUGUGGGACCUUAGCAUCGACCAUAGAUGAUAGACUUAAAGCCAUAGGUGUGGACUUGAGGGUAACAGUCCAGUUCCGGUUUGAGCUCUCUGUUUUCUGGCUGUGGCUACAUGUAGCCAGCUGCCCUACCUCCAUCCCAUGCACCCAUCCCUGCUGCAGCAAUGUGCUCAUCCUGCCUCCAAACUUUCUCUGCCAUGGUAGACAGUGUUCUCUUAAACCAGUAGUUCUCAACCUGGGGGCGUGACCCCUUUGACAAGCCUUUCUCUCCAGAAAUAUUUACAUUAUACUUCAUAGCAGAGUUAUAAAGUAGAAAUGAAAAUAAUUUUAUGGCUGGAGGGGAGUGGGGACGGGUUCGCCACAACAUGAGAAACUAUUAAAGGGUCGCAGUGUUAGGACGUUUGGGAACCAUCAGCCAGAAUACAAUGUUCUUUCCCUUAAGUUGUCUCUAUAUUAUGUCAUAGUGAUGGAUGGAAGAAGUCACUGACGUAACAUUUAAUAAAGAUUAAACCCUCUUGCUGCCUGGAAAGAGCUCUAUGGGCACCUAAAGGACAGUGUGAGGUUGUGGUGGUCUAGGGGUACUCAGGGAAGAUCUUUCCAGGUCUCUAGGGUCAAGAAUAAGGGAUAUUGAGGUAGUAAACAGACUCUAUUCCCAGUCUCAUUUAUCAUUUCCUUCUCAGUUUCAGAAUUUAUCUAGUUUCGAGGCCUGAAGGGAUGGUUCAGUUAGGUUGAGAGCACUAACUGUUCUAACAGAGGAACCAGGUUCAAUCCCAACACUCACGUGGCAGCCACAACUGUCUGUGACUCUACUUUGAGGGGAUCUGAUACCCACAUUCUCUUCUGGCCUCCACAGACAAGAAGCACACACAUUGUACACAUACAUACAUGCAAGCGAGACAUAAUAUGCCUAAAAUGCAAGUAAAGUAAUAAUUAAGAGAUGAUUAAUAAUAAUAAGUUAUUAAUAAAUUGCCUAUUGCUUAAUUUCAGACAUUACAUUCUUUAGUUUUAGAAUUUUCCUUUUCACGUUGUCAUCUGUUUUCAUACAUAUAUUAGUAACACUUCUUUUGUUUGUUUGUUUGUUUGUUUUUUGAGACAGGGUUUCUCUGUGUAGCCCAGGCUGUCCUGGAACUCACUCUGUAGACCAAGCUGGCCUCGAACUCAGAAUUCUGCCUGCCUCUUCCUCCCAAGUGCUAGGACUAAAGGCGUGUGCCACCACUGCCCGGUAUAUAAAAAUUCUUAAUAACCCCAAUAAAUGCAUACAAAUAAUCAAGGUAACUUUAAUAUAUCUUAUCCAAACAUGUUCUUCCAGAAUAGUGCUGUUUGAGCCUGCAUCCAAUUAUUGAUUCGCUAUUAACACACUUUUUCUUAUUAAGUCUUGGGAAUAGGUGCAAUUUGUACAGUUGUACCAAUAGCACUUUCCAGGUCUGCAAGAGCUACAGCCUAAGUGUCCAGAGGCCUUUAUGAGAUCACAGUAAAUAAUGUAUUCCUGAAGGCUGGUGGGCUCGGGACACAUUGCCUUACGUAAUCAGAGAGGAGCCAUUUCAAGGUUUCAUUUCCUGUUUGUCCUUAGUCCACACUUGUCCCUAGAGGGGUCCCAUCUGAAUCUGUGGACUGCUUACCAGGGACUAUCUAGCUCCCUCUCUGGGCCCCGCACUGGAAUCUUUGCCUCCUCCGUUCCUCCAUUCCUUCCUUGGGUUGCAGAAGUCUGUGUGUAGCUCAUCUAGCUGCCACCUGUAAGGCAGCCCUGGAAACAGGCCCAUCUCUCUGCCUCUCUCCUUCUUAGAGUCUUGGCCCUUAGAGUCCUGGCAUCGUAUGCCCUAAAGUAAUUUACAUACACACUUAAAAAUCUGCAAGGAUUUUAGUUAUUCUCAAUAGAACAGUUUGUUUGCUAUUAGCCGUAGCCAGAAGUGGAAGAGAAGGAGCCG